AAUUAAAAUAAUACUAAUCACCUGUUUAGUGAGUGAAGACUGAAGAUAAAGUUUAAGUGUUUUUAAAUUUAAGUAGAAGAUGCAGAGAGAUCGAGGAAGGAGUAAGAAGGAGAGAGCAAGAGAACCUCAUCACACUCACAGAUACACACACUCACUGCAUUUUCCUCUUUUCUUUUCUCAGAAAAAAAUACAUUUUUUUUUUCCGAGAAAAUAAACUGAAAGAAUCAGAUCGGAAAAACAAAACAAAACAAAGGGCUCUCUCUCUCAUAAAUGUAAUGCGAUUCAAGCACGAGAAGAUACAGAGAGCGAGUGAGAGAUAAUAAAAGGAGGCUCCUUUGAGCAGAGCGAAGACUGUGUUUUGAAGAGAGAGAUUUUGCGGCGUAGUAUUAUAAUGGGUGGCUCGUCGGAAGAUUUGAAAAUCGAUAUCAUGCCGCCAGAAGUGGAAGAAGAGAAAGCUAGAGAAAGCAGUUGCUGCAGCAGCUCUGAAACAACCAGACAUGAGGAGGAAGAACAAAGAAGCCCUAGUUGUACUACGGAGGAUUUCACGGCUUCUCCUGUCUCUUCUCGUUGGUCUGUUAAGAAUAUCGACGACGGAGAGAAGAAGAUUGGUUCGGAUUGUGUCAAACAUUCGAGGGUUUCAGAGAUUGAGAUGAUGAAAGAAAGAUUUUCCAAGCUGCUACUCGGGGAAGAUAUGUCAGGUUCUGGGAAUGGUGUCUGCACAGCGUUAGCUAUUUCAAACGCAAUUACUAAUCUUUGUGCUACUUUGUUCGGACAACUAUGGAGGUUAGAACCACUACCUACAGAGAAGAAAGAGAUGUGGAGAAGAGAAAUGGAAUGGCUUCUUUGUGUGAGUGAUCACAUUGUAGAGAUGACCCCAACUUGGCAAACAUUUCCUGAUGGAACCAAACUUGAGAUAAUGACUUGCAAACCAAGAUCAGAUCUUUAUGUUAAUCUUCCAGCUCUCAGGAAACUAGAUAACAUGCUACUCGAGAUAUUAGAUAGUUUUGAGGAGACAGAGUUUUGGUAUGUUGACCAAGGAAUCAUGGCACACGAAUCAGCAGCAACGGACGGAUCAUCUUCUUUUCGAAAAUCUUUUCAGAGACAAGAAGACAAAUGGUGGCUUCCCGUUCCACGGCUUUCACCAGGAGGUUUACAAGAAAACUCAAGAAAACAGCUGCAGCAUAAACGCGACUGCACUAAUCAGAUACUAAAAGCUGCUAUGGCCAUCAACAGUAUCACACUCGCUGACAUGGAAAUCCCUGACUCAUACCUUGAAUCUCUUCCACGGAAAGGAAGAUCCUGCCUCGGUGAUUUAAUCUACAGAUACAUUUCGUCGGAUCAAUUUUCACCUGAAUGUCUUCUUGAUUGCCUUGACUUAUCCUCUGAACAUCAAGCCAUAGAGAUAGCUAACCGAGUCGAGUCAUCAAUCUAUCUAUGGCACAAAAGAACUAAUUCCAAACCAGCUACUAAUUCUAGAACUUCGUGGGGAAUGGUGAAAGAACUAAUGGUUGAUGCAGAGAAGCUAGAGUUAAUGGCGGAUCGAGCUGAAAGUUUAUUGAUUUCUUUGAAACAACGGUUCCCAGGUCUUCCUCAAACUGCUCUAGACAUGAGCAAAAUCCAAUACAACAAGGACAUCGGGAAAUCAAUUCUGGAAAGCUACUCGAGAGUUCUAGAGAGUUUAGCGUUCAACAUUGUGGCACGUAUCGACGAUCUGCUUUUUGUUGAUGAUCUUACAAGAAAUUCAUCUGAACAGAUUCCGACAACAUUAGGCAACGACGCUAAUGACGCCCUCAAGACCAUUGCAUUACCUGUUUCGAACUACACAACUCCGAGCUAUUCACCUUCAAAACAGGAUCUCCGAUCAUCAAUGACAGUUCCACCAUCUCCUUCACGGUUCAAGAUUCCUCACAGUAGCAGUGUUAAAAGGGUUUUGACAGCUUACGUAACGAAGAACGAACCUAGUAGAUUAAAGGAUCUUCCAGUAGAAAGAUUGAGUCAUUCCCAUUCUUCGUCCGGUGAGAGAUUGUCUCUAGAGAAGUGCAUGAAGGAGUCAUUGAAUGUGUCGAACCUUGAUCCUGGGAUUUGAAUUACUACUGCUCCUUGGAAAAGUCUCUGUUUUUUGGAUCCCUUUUCCUACAUCUUUUAUAAUGUUUAUUUUCUUCUUGUGUGUAGUUUAGAUUUGUAUUAUAAUAAUUGGAAAGAUGGGCUUUGACUUUGAGAUUACACAAAGGAACCAAGUUCGAAGAUUA